CUGCUAGCUUGUUAUCGCCUACCUGCUUUGUUAGGUUGGUGCCGUUUUUCCUGCUCUCGUUGUCUCUUGGUGGGUCGGCGGUCCCAUCACCCGGUAUCCCAUUCCUUUCGUCGCCUAACCAACCUGAACCUGAACCGCGACGACGCGCCGGAUCCGCAGGGUGCCAGACAGUGAAGAUGGGUCAGACUAUGUCAUGGUUGUCUGGACUUAUUUGGGCGAAGAAGGAGAUAAGGAUACUGAUUUUGGGCUUGGACAAUGCCGGCAAGACAACACUUCUAUACAGACUCAAGAUCGGCGAAGUAGUAACAACGAUACCCACCAUUGGGUUCAAUGUCGAGUCGGUAACUUACAAGAAUCUUAACUUCAAUGUCUGGGAUCUUGGGGGUCAGACCAGCAUCCGGCCAUACUGGAGAUGUUAUUAUGCGAACACGGCAGCCGUCAUCUUCGUCGUCGACUCGACCGAUAUUGAACGGCUGCAGACGGCGGCUGACGAGCUGGCGGCCAUGCUGAACGAGGAAGAGCUCAAGGACGCCGCUCUUCUGGUAUUUGCGAACAAACAAGACCAGCCGGGCGCGAAAGGUGCCGGCGAUAUCUCGCAAGCCCUUCGGCUCGGUGAACUGAGGGACAGGAACUGGAGCAUCAUGGCGUGCAGUGCUGUGGAAGGCUCGGGAAUUUCAGAGGGAAUGGACUGGCUUGCGCAAACCGUGUCACAGGAUUAG